GCCCACCAUCUUCGUCAUCUUCUCGAUCAUGGGCAAUAUAAUUCCAUCUCGAUAGCCUUUUGGGGGAGCGGUCCCCCAAAUCCUGAAGCAGAUUUCGGACAACUGAGAGAGAGAGAAUUGCCUGCACGUUUGUUUGCAUCAUGGCGAAUUACUUUGAUACGGUGAUCCAGAGUCUCAAUGGCACCUGGGUGAUGGAACGCGCUCUUUCCAGCGAGAUAGACCCUCUCCUAAAACUGCAAGGCAUCGGAUUUCUAGUCCGUAAGGCGCUCGCGCUGGCCCCCGUCCGCCUCCACAUCUCAGCAUACGAAGACCAUCCCGACGCUCCGACUUCGGGCGGCUCGUCCGUCCUGAAGAUCAACUGCGCCCAGGUAAUCCCGGGGGGACGCGCGGGGACCACGGAAAGGCGCACCGUGGAUUGGACCUGGCAGGACCACUCAGACUACAUCUUCGGCGCCGUCAGGCACCGCAGUCGGCUGGUGGGCGGAAGGGUAACAACUUUACUGCAUCCGGAUGGGCACCACAACCACCACCAGCAACAGGAACAACCAGAUUUCGAACUGCAGACAGCAUUGCCGGAUCGUCGGAUCGGAGACUUCCUUGUGGGUGAGAUCCUCCCGGAUGGGGGUCGUUCGGAUGGGUUUGUGGCGGAACCAUCAUCAUCACCAUCAUCAUCACCAUCAUCAUCAUCACCAUCAUCACCAUCACCACCACUAAAUAGAAACGAUUCUUCGACGCCAAAAGGCUGGUGGGUGCAUGUGUAUGCUAGCAAUGAGAGUUCCGGGUGGACGGCAGAGCAGAUCUGGGGCUUCGAGAUCAUCGAUGGCAAGCGGUACCACACUCGUCGGAUCGUUGUGGCUAAUCGUGCGGGCAAGUUUGUGUUGGCGAGAUUGGUCUACUCUCGGUGCAGCGGGGAGUAGCUGGGGGACAUGGAUUGUUCAAGUGAAUCCUGCUAAGUGGAUCAAAUCUCCACUGCUGUGCGGAGAGUUAUUGGUGUCAUAUAUGAUGUAAACUCGAUGCCUGGUCAGAUCUUGCAUUCACUUUUAUAUAUGGUUCAGUCUUCUCCUGCCCUUCAACGUUGUCUCUCCCGUAGCCAUGUGUGGAG